UUAGCACAGCUAGCUCGUCAAGCUAAUUCCGUUAGCUCCCACAAACGGAUUUCAAACUAAAGUGUCCGCUUACUCAAGCGCUUAAAACACGUGUUUAUCUUGCUAGGAGGUUUAUUUUGAAAGCUUCAACCCUCAAAGGUCUCAGUUUUUUUGGGUUUUUUUUUUGGCGAACGAGGCUUUGGUCUUACUAUUGUGGGCUAAUCUUUUGUGCACUCAUAAAAUGCGAACACAUAAAACAGAAACAGAUUUUGGUUUUAAUGGAGCGGGAUUUGCCAAGCCGUCUCACAUCCGGCAUCUAAUUUCAACCCUGUGAGGAAUGGCUCGGUGCCACAGUUGUAAUGUGCAGGCAGAGGCGCGGGGAUUUCCUCGCUUGCUUGAUUGCAUUGCAUUGCAUUGCUUGUUUCUGUAGGCGGGGAGUUGUUUGCCACUUUCUCGCAUGCGGGGCGCCGAGAGGUUGAGUUGCGGAAUGUCAGGAGCGUGUAACCAGCGUGUAACCUGUGCAGGUUCCCCUUUACCGUAAUUAGUUUACUGUGUGUUAUUACGCCUGGUUUGCUUCGCUUUCCUACCGUGUCUGAGCGCCUCUCGUUGGGGUUUGUCAACUCAUGCGCUUCUCGCUGGUCAAACCUGCUGCUUCAUCACCUCGUUGUGCGAAGGAGCGAGCGCCACGAGCCAGCCAGCGGUGCGGCCAGAUCAGAACAACCAGCAGUAGAGGUGGACGCUGCUCCUGUGGCAUGAAUACCAUAAACAAAGGAAACAAGGCCUUAAAGGUGAAACGGGAGCCGGGGGAAAAUGGCACCAGUCUAACGGACGAUGAGCUGGUCACCAUGUCAGUGCGUGAACUGAACCAGCAUUUACGGGGGCUCUCUAAAGAGGAGAUCCUGCAGCUAAAGCAGCGGCGGCGCACCCUGAAGAACCGUGGCUAUGCUGCUAGCUGCCGGGUGAAGCGAGUCACCCAGAAGGAGGAGCUGGAAAAGCAAAAGGCCCAGCUGCAACAGGAAGUAGACAAGCUGGUGACGGAGAAUGCCAGCAUGAAGAUGGAGCUGGACGCUCUGCGCUCAAAGUAUGAAGCCCUCCAGAGCUUUGCCAGGACUGUGGCCCGCAGCCCCGUCACUACAGGAAGGGGGCCCAUGGCCUCUGUGAUAGGGCCCCUCAUCCCUGGUAAAGUAGCUGCCACCAGCGUCAUCACCAUCGUCAAAUCCAAAACGGAGGCCAGGUCGUAGUAGCAGAACAGGCAGAGAGAAGAUUUUCACUUCUAAACUAGUCAGUGCAUUUUAACAUAGUGCAGGGUCUCCUGUGUUUUUAGUUGUAUUUUAACUCUCAUAAAAUGCUUCCUAAAUCACUCUUAGCAAUGCAACUCAGCAGUCUUCUCCUUUCUUUAAGUCAGAGAAAGUCUCGCAGGUGGUCCCUGCCUGUAAAAUGAAACCAUCAUCUUUAUUUCUCUCUAAUUUUAUAUCAGUCCAAUCUUAUAAUUUAAGGACCUAUUGCUUGUUACUCUGCACUGACUUGAAUGGGGAUCAAUAAUAAAAGGUCACACUCUUGGUCUUAAUGCUACAGAAGUCUUCAAAACAACUUAACUAACCCAAAACAAGCAAUUUAAGUCCAAAUCAUGGUAUUUCUGUUUGUUUUGUUUUGGUGUUAGGUGUCUCUCAGUGAUAUGGACAUAAAACAAUGCUGACAAACCUAGCUUUCAUUUCCGUUUAUGCAUCCAUGAAAGGCUUCAGUGAAGUUGUCAUUAUCGACAUGACUGGUAGAUGCAAUAAUAUAUGUAUGCACUGAAAACACACAUGGAAACAAAGAGAUCUUGCGUAUUUAUCUUAGCGAUAUCGUUCCAGAGCCGAGUGCCAUUCCAUUAUGACAGGAUUCCACUACAACAUCCGUAAACCUGAAUGUUAGUACAGAAAUACCCUCACGAUUUGUAAGCACACUCGUUUUGGUCAUUGUCAAAAUAUGUCAUUUUCUUUAAAAAAGCUUAUAUAUAUAUAUAUAUAUAUAUAUAUAUAUAUAUAUAUGUAUUACAUUGUAUUUACUUCUUAACACGUCAGAUAUUUCCAAAAGAAAGUCUUUACACAAGCUUUACUGUUUGACUCGUUUAAAGUGUAGGAAACUUUGUCUAUCACAGAGUUCUUGGGUUUUUAUUACUUGGUAGAUUAAACUCCAUUGUUUAUAGAAAUACAGAAAAAGAAAACUCAUUAAAAAAAAAUAAAUCCUGUGACUUCUCUUUUGCAAUUGUACCGAAAGUGGCUUAUUAUUGAAGUCUGAUAGCUUUUUUCUAGUGACUAGGCGCGUACAGUGGGGUAGCGCGUAACGUGACGUGUAAGUGGCAAGUUGGCGGUGUUGUUCACUGUAUAGAUGUCAACGCUGUGCUAUUAAAAACAAAAAACAAAAAAACACCUAAUCUGUAGAGCUAAACUAGGUGGCGUGAACAAGGUCGGUUGUCUGUGUGCGUAUUGGCAUCUGUGAUAUCCUCCGCUUUCUCGGUGUUAGUUACAAAUCAUAUCGUCCUUAACAGUUUACAUCAGCGAGCAUUGUAAGGCAGAUAUCAGUGAAAUAGACGGUGAACUUAAAUUUAGCUUAAACUGAAACAACAAAUAUGCUGCAGGUGAUGUUGGAUACCUUCAAAAUGCAGCCUCUGUGUCCUGAAAUUAAAGAACCUCAGUAUUGGGAAGAUUUAAUUCUGACUACGUUUAUAAAAACUCAUCUUUGACAGGAUGGCCAUAUUAAUUUGAGGCUUUUCCUUAUUAUAUGAAGUAAUAAUAAUAUUAAUCUUUCCCCAGGGUGGACUGACAGUACAGCAUACAACUUCAAUAAUUCCUUAGCUGAAUUUAUUUACCGGUAGUAUUUUCGGUAAUGACCACCGGAUCAAGAUUCUAUUUACUGGCCAAAUAUACACACACAUACACACACACACCACAGGGUUCUAUUUGUUCAGAUGUCCCUUCGCAGCCUGCUAGCAUCAUUCUGGCUGGAUAUUUUGGAACUAUUCUCUGUAGAAAUCAUGGAGUUAAUCUAAAAAGCAUCUUAAGCAUAGUCAGUAAAUUGUUUGGGAACUAUUUUCUUUCGUUUUCAAGGUCAUAAUCCUGUUGGAAGACCUCAUUGUGCAAAGUUUCAGCUAAGCUGCUGAUUUGAUAGGUUUGAUUUUGAAGGUAGGCAAUAUUUCAUCUUCAUUACUCCCCCUUUGGACCAGUACUAACAGAAUCAAAACAGCCCCACAGCAUGAUACUGCCACCACUAUGUUUGACAGUUGAUACAAAGUUCUUGGGUUUGAAAGCCUCACCUCGACUCCUUCACCUCGUUAUUGUGGCCAAAUAGCUCAAUUUUGUCUCAGUAAUCUUAAUCCCUGAUGAUGUUAAACUUGUUUCAAUGUGGACAGUAACACAGGUGUUCCGUGUGUGGAUUAAAAAAUUCACAAUAAAUUCAGAUUUUAGCACCUGAUUCUUAUUUGUGCUGCAUAAUUACCCUGGAAUAAGAUUGUUUAGAUACACCAUUUAAAGCUCAGAAUUGAUAUGCCAUUAUUGUCCUUCAAGCAAAUGUAUAAGUCGAACUGUCGAUGGCAGUAAUGAAUGAAUUGUACUUAAAAUAUGCAGUUUCCUAAGCCUGUAUCUGGAUUAUCCACCAAAUACAACGCCAUCUCUUCCGUAAUUUUAUCCGAUAGUCUUGAGAUUAAAAGUGGCAGGGUUCCGCUGAGGGUUUGUACGAAUGCACUAAGCUCCUGCUUGUUUUGCUCACACCAAAACAGGCCACUAAAAAUAAAACAGCUCU